GCCCUGGCAGCGCCUGGUGCCACCACGGUCACGCUCUUCCCCACCUCCUUCCGUGCCGCCUUGAGCCAAAAUCAGUGGGGAAGAGAUUUAUCAGAGCGGAGAGUUCUGGGACCGGGCGGGGGGCGGCGAGGCACCCACGGGAGGAGGAGCGCAGGCACCUGUGGCAGCCGUCCCCUCGCCACCCUUUCCCCUGCAGACACACACGGGCGGCCCUGGGGGCGGCCGUGCGCAGGCGCCGCCGUUCCUCCCGUCGGUGCCCGGCGCUGAUCCCCGGCGGCGGUGUCGCCUUCGCUGAUCGCCGCUUGUCCCAGCGGUUGGACGCGCCCGCCCCGCUGCGCUCUUGGGUGGCGGCCCCGGGGGAGACCGGCAUGGCGGAGAACCCGGGGCGGCCCGGCACACCGCCGCCGGAGGGGAGCGACGUCCCACGGGAAGGAGGCGAUGAGGAUACGGCGGCGGCGGCAGAGGAGCCGCAGCCCAGGGUGGAUCCCGAGGGAGCGACGGAGUCCCCGAGUGGGUCCCCCUCUGGCGCGGUGCCGCAGCUGAGCGGGGAGGCAGCGGCUGGGCAGGAGCCGGCAGCGGCGGCAGUGUUCCCCGGGGGCAGCUGUGGGACGGGGAGCGGGUCCACUGGGAGGGAGGCGGAGACCCCGAGCGGGCCGAGCGCAGGGCAGCAGGCUCCGGCGGGGUCUGCGCAGGGAAGCGUCGACGGGGAUGGACCGGAGGACGAGGGUCUGCCAGGAAGGGAGCCGGUGGCAGCGGCGACGGAGGUGGACGCGCCCGAGGGCUCCGCGCCGGCGAGGGCAGACCCCGAGGACGCGGCGGAGGCCCCGGCGGGGACGGACCCCGAGGAGUCAGCUCCGGCGGGGACGGACCCCGAGGAGUCAGCUCCGGCGGGGACAGAGCGCGAGGAGGCAGCUCCGGCCGGGGCAGAGCGCGAGGAGUCAGCUCCGGCGGGGACAGAACCUGAGGACGCUGCCACGGCCCCGACGGGGACGGAGCCCGAGAAGGCGGGAGCGGCUCCGGCUGGGCCAGACCCCGAGGAGGUGGUGAGGGAGGCAGCCCCGGCGGAAACAGACCUCGAGGAGGCGGUGGUGACAACCCCAGCAGGGACAGGCUCCGAAGAGCCGGCGGGGACAGUCUCCGAGGAGUCUGCGGCGACAGCCCCGGUGGGGACACACCCCGAACAGGCGGCGGAGACAGGCCCCGAGGAGGAGGCGAGGAAGGAAGCCCCAUCGACGACAGAUCUCGAAGAAGCGGAGGCGACAGACCUCGAAGAGGCAGAGGCGACAGCCGCGGCGGGGGCAGACCCCGAAGAAUUGCUAAGGCAGGCAGACUCGGAGCGGAGAGACCCCGAGGAGGCUGCGGCGGCAGCUCCGGCGCUGACAGACCCUGAGGAUGCGGUGCGGGUGGCAGCCCCAGCAGGGACAGUCCCCGAAGAGAUGGUGCGGCAGGCAGCUCCGGCGGCAACAGUCCCUGAAGAUGCGGUGUGCGAGGCAGCCGCAGUAGGGACAGUCCCCGAGGAGGCGGCAGCCCCGGCGGGGAGCGAGGUGGCUCCCGAGGGCCCGGGGGAAGCGGAGCUGUCGUUGCCUGCCGGAGGGGAGGCCGACGACGGUCGCCGGUCACCGAACGGCACCGGCAGCAAGGACGGAGCGGAGGCGGCGGGGACGGAGCAGGGAGCCGCUGAGCUGGCGGUGGCAGAAGCGGGGAGUGUGGCCCCGGGGACAGGGGAAGGCGGCGCGGCAGCGGCGGGGCAGCGCAGCGGGUCACCGGGCACCGAGGGCGGUAAGUGGGACGCGGCAGGUCGGAGCCUGAACGGCGUGCGGAGCCGGGCAGAGGACGAGGAGGGAGAGACGGGUUCACCGACCGCCUUGGAGGAGGAAGACGAUGAGGAGAAGCAGGAACAUGACAUCUCCCUCUUCGUCAAGGCUGGCAGUGAUGGGGAAAGUAUUGGAAAUUGCCCAUUCUCUCAGCGUCUCUUUAUGAUUCUGUGGCUAAAAGGUGUCAUAUUUAAUGUCACAACCGUGGAUUUGAAAAGAAAGCCAGCUGACCUGCAGAACCUCGCUCCAGGAACAAACCCCCCCUUCAUGACAUUUGACGGUGAAGUGAAAACCGAUGUCAAUAAGAUCGAGGAGUUCUUGGAAGAAAAGCUAGCACCGCCCCGGUAUCCCAAACUUGCACCAAAUCACCCUGAGUCUAACUCUGCAGGAAAUGAUGUGUUUGCAAAAUUCUCUGCGUUCAUAAAGAACCCAAGAAAAGAUGCUAAUGAAAAUUUGGAAAAAUCUUUGCUUAAAGCCCUGAGGAAGCUGGACAACUACUUAAAUAGCCCUUUGCCUGAUGAAAUUGAUGCUUACAGCACUGAGGAGAUCACUGUUUCCAGCCGGAAAUUCCUGGAUGGAGAUGAGCUCACCUUAGCGGAUUGCAACCUCCUACCAAAGCUCCAUAUAAUCAAGGUUGUUGCAAAAAAAUAUCGAAAUUUUGAUUUUCCACCUGAAAUGACAGGGAUUUCAAGAUACUUGAACAAUGCCUAUGCAAGAGAUGAAUUUACAAACACUUGUCCUGCUGAUCAAGAAAUUGAGUAUGCAUAUUUGGAUGUUGCAAAGAGAAUGAAGUAAACAGAAGAUGCCUCCAUUCUGUACUGCUUCUGAGCUUUAGAUGGGCACCAGCCAAGAUGAAAAAAAAAAAGCCAGCAUACCUUCUGCAGUGUAAUUUUAAGUUCUACUAUUGGCCAAUCCUUCUUUUAUAAUGAUUGUAUAACAUUAUUUGCUCAUUUUUGAAUUAUAUACGUAUAUGUUUCUUUGUCUGUACAGGUGUAUGCACAUGCAAAUGUCUGUUGUGCAUUGCAAGUUAAGGCAUCAGUCACUAUUAAAGCACUUGAAGUUAAGGAAACAGUGUGGCCCACACAAAUACAGCAAUAUUACAGACCAGGGACUUAGGCUAAAUUGGUGAAUAUUGAGAAGAAAUAGCCCUGUUUCUAAGACACAUUUAACCUGUAAUUGUUGCUGCCUCUGAUCUCUGUUUCAUAGUUGUUGCCAAACUUCACAGUUACCAGGAGAGCUUCUGUUUGCUUCUCUGCAAGCCUCAGAAGGCCACAAGCCAACAGCUGCUGCCCAUGCAGCACCCUGCUUAACCUGGGAGAGAGGCCAGCUUGUAGGUGGGACCAGUCCUGAUGUCCCAGAAGCCAUCUCCUCUGUGCUAGAGACCUGCAGGGCAGGUCAGCGAAGAACAACUCAUUUUCACAUUGUAUGAGUCUUCUUUGGUGUUAAAAAUAAAUAAGUAAAUAAAUAAUCCUGCCUUGUCCUCUCUCGGGGCUGCGUAACCCAUCAAACUUCCCUCCUGGUGCUUCCAAAGAGACGAAUACAGACUGUCACUGGCCUAUGGACUAUCUGAUAAUAGAUACUCAACAAGGGAGGAGAGAGAGACUUGAUUGGCACUGUAGACAGAAGAAAUGGGUCAACAUCUGUCCCCAGCUACUGAUGUAGGAUUUUUCUUUGACAACCUUCUGUGACUCUCAUUUGGUUUGGGAAAGUAAAGAGAGGCUCUAAGAAAGAAAUAAACCUUCUAUUCUUACUUUUUCUGGUUGAGCCCCGGCAUAUUGGCUUUUACUGGGCAGCUGUUAGGACUUCAUUGCUGAGAGCUUUACAGCUGAUCAGACAGGUGUCUAUCAGGAACAACACAGACCUACCUCCUACCUUAGGUGGGGAUGGAUUAGAUGAAGCCCUUGCGUGAAUCUGUGUUCAAGGCAGACAGUGCUGGUGAGAAACUCCCUCUUGCCUGGCAUCAGGGAGUGCGUUAUUAGAGAUGUAUGGACUAUGGAAAGUGAUGUCCACAGCUGCUCUCUGCUGAGCAGGCCCUCAGCAAGCACAGAGGAGCAAAGGGUGCAAUGCUUUAGUCACAGGGUCACCUGGAAGUUUCCUUUUGAUGGAUUUUGCCUGUAUGUACAAAAUAGAUGUGAAAAUGGCUAAAACCAGCCUUUGUAGCACCUAUAUCCACAAAAAGACUGUUAUAGAGUAGUCAUUCAUCCUUGUCCAUGUCAAACAUAUGCUUGCUUUCUAACAACGCAUUACUUAACAGUAAUAGUUGAUGUCAGACAUAUUUCUCUGUGGUGUCUUUGUCUUACACACUACACAGUUCUGAUGCAAAUGUGCUAACAUCGCAGUUAUUUGUAAGCAGUGUUAAAUGUGCAGUUUUAGCUUGCCUUUAGGGAAAACAGACACAAUACCUUUCCUCUCCCACCCUCAACUGUGAACUCUCAUAUUGGGGUUGGUAGCUGAGCAGUCACUCAUCGCAUAUUACUAACUGUUACUUUGUAUUUUCAAUAUAUACAUAUAUAUAAUGUAUAAAAAUGAAAUCUGUGUACUCUUUUCAUAUGCCUUACAAAUUUAAAUAGAAAAUAUACCAAUUCAUAAGUAA